AGUCUCCUUACUACUAAUGGUCUGUUAUUUCCGUUUAAAGCAACAAGCACAGAAACAGAGACAUACUCUGUUUUUGAAACAUUUUGCCACAAAAAGACUAAAACCACUCACCAAAACAAUGAGAUCUGCGGUCAUAAGUGUUUGCAAGACCUAGUUUCACUUUAUCUCUCAGGACUAGGGUUACCAGAUAGCAGCGGCUACAAGCAAAAAGACGGUGAAAACUAUGAAGCCAGGUUUCUCCUUUCUCCUCCUUCCUCUGUUCUUGAUUCUUCUUCUUCAAGAAAUUGAUGUAUUUUGGUUUCCGUUCUUUGUAACAGUUACUCCUGCAGAAGAUUGUGUUCCUAAGUUCUUCAGAGUGUACAUGCCUGGUAUAUCAGGAGAUGAUUUGAUCUCUAGUUUGGUUGAGACUUUGCAGGAGUUGCCUGUUUGCUUCAACAGCUUCUUACCAAAGCCUCUGCCUAAACACGUAACGGUUAAAAGUAUUUACGGGAAGAUUUGGAGAAUGGCGUUGAGGAGAUGUGGUGGUGACGCUGAGAGAUACAUGCUGCUUAACGGGUGGAAGAGGAUCGCGAAGGACGAGUCUCUGACCACUGGAAACGUGCUGGAGUUUCAAUUGGAUGAUGAUGGCUCGCUGUGUUUCAACUUCUCUAUCUACGACCCUCUCACCAUGUGUAAAAGACUCGGAACAACAACUUCAGUGCAAGAAACCGAAAAUGCUGAUAACGUUUUGGUACUUAGUGAUGAUGAUGAUGAUGAUGAUGAUGAUGAUGAUUUUCAGGAUUCUGAUUACAGUUGUGCUGACGAUAAUGAUGCUAGUGCUGAAGAUGAUGAUCAUGGUGUUGCGGCUGGUGAUGAUGAUGUGGCGCUUGAUGGUUCUGAUGAUGAUGAGGCAAACCAUGAUGAUGACAGACGAUAUCUGGAUGAUCGCAGCAACGCGUUUUUUCGAGUGAAGAUCAAUCCCAAGAAGAUAAGCCAAUUGCGGAUACCGUCUAAGGUUAUAAAUGACUACGGCUUAUCCUUCUCCGAGACCGAGAGUAUGAAUAUCAUCGAUCCACUAGUGAAGAAGUUCGGGAAGCUGACGAAGAAAAUUAAGGUUCAGACGAAUGGGAGUGUGUUUAUCAAAGGGUAUGGAGCUAUUUAUAGGAGGAAUGGAGUGAGGUCGACGGACAAAAUGAUAUGUGAGUUGAAGAAGGCGGGUAACAAGAAUGUGGUUCACACUAUCAAGUUUCACGUUAUCAAGUAGACUUGCUCAUUUUAUAUGAGUCUUAUGCCGUUGUUGAUUGUUGACGUGUGUUUAUGGUUAUCUCUUUUGUUGUUUGUUGAGUUAAUGUUUAGCUACUAUCUAUUUGUUUUAAGUAUUCUAGUUAAAUCAAGUACGAGUUUGUAGUUUCUGAAUCUUAAUCAGAUAUGUCGAGAGUGUUGUUAGUAAUA